AAAAGUCAAUCAUCUCAUUACAAGAUAGUUGAUACUAGUCUAAACUCCUAACAAAAAAACACACAAAUUCACACACAAAAUGAGAGAAGUCGUCUCCCUCCACAUUGGUCAAGCCGGUAUUCAAGUUGGUAACAGCUGUUGGGAAUUAUUCUGUGCUGAACAUGGAAUCAAACCUGAUGGUACCACUGAUUCUGUUCAAGGUAACGAUGCUUCUGUUUAUUUCUCCGAAGCUUCUUCUGGUAAAUAUGUUCCACGUGCCAUGUUCUUGGAUUUGGAACCAUCUGUCAUUGAUGCCAUUAAGAAUACUGAAUACAAACAAUUGUAUCAUCCAAAUUAUAUGAUUCGUGGUAGUGAAGAUGCUUCCAAUAACUUUGCUCGUGGUCAUUACACUAUUGGAAAGGAUAUUUUGGAUAGUGCCAUGAAUACUAUUAGAAGAAUUACUGAUAAUUGUCAAUCAUUGCAAGGUUUCCAAAUUUUCAAUUCUGUUGGUGGUGGUACUGGUUCUGGAUUUGCUUCUUUGCUUUUGGAAAGAUUAGCUGUUGAAUUCCCUAAAAAGACCAAAUUGGGUUUCAAUAUUUAUCCAUCUCCUCAAUUGACUACUUCAGUUGUUGAACCAUACAAUUCAGUCUUAUCUACUCAUUCCUUAUUGGAACAUAAUGAUAUUUCAGUUGUUUUGGACAAUGAAGCUAUCUAUGAUGUCUGUAAACAAAACUUGAAGAUUGCUAGACCAGAUUACAGAAAUUUGAAUCGUGUCAUUGCUCAAACUGUUUCAUCAUUGACUUGUUCAUUGAGAUUCCCAGGUUCAUUGAAUGUUGAUUUGAACGAAUUCCAAACUAAUUUAGUUCCAUAUCCAAGAAUUCACUUUAUGUUAUCUUCAUUGGCUCCAAUGGUUUCAGUUGCUGAACAAUACUAUGCUACUAAUAAUGCUGCUGAAUUGACUAGUAAGGUCUUUGAACCAAAUAACAUGAUGGCCAAAUGUGAUCCAAGAAGUGGCAAGUACAUUUCAUGUUGUUUAAUGUAUCGUGGUAAGGAUGUUGUCAAUAAGGAUGUCAGUGAUGCUGUCAAGAUUAUGAAGAGCAAGUCCAGUAUUCAAUUUGUUGAUUGGUCUCCAUGUGCUUUCAAGAUUGGUAUCAAUAAUCAAGCUCCAACCAUGUUGCCAGGUUCUGAAAUGGCUCAAGUUGACAAUUCAUGCUCAAUGAUUUCCAAUUCUACUGCCAUUGCUUCAGUCUUCUCCAAGAUGAAUGACAAGUUUGAUUUGUUAUAUGCUAAACGUGCCUAUGUUCAUCACUUUGUUGGUGAAGGUAUGGAAGAAGGUGAAUUUGCUGAAGCUCGUGAAGAUUUGGCUGCCUUGGAAAAGGACUAUGAAGAAUUGGAAAAGGAUUCAGGAGUUGCUGAAGAAGAUUCCAUGUUGGAUGAAGGUGAAGAAUUGUAAAUUAGUUUUCAAUCAAAUUUUUCUAACACAAAAACAACGAAUAACAACCAGAAGAAGAAAUAUUCAAAUUAGGUUUUGAAUAUAAUCUCCCAAAUAAAUUAUUAACUCUUUAAAUUAUUAUU